GCGCUGGUGGCGCUGGUCGUGGUGGCGGCGUGCCGCGUGCUGGGCCUGUGGACGUGGCUGGCCGCCUGGGUGGCCUCCCCCAGGGAGGAGAAGGUGGCGCUCACCCGCGUUGACGGGCACUACGACGCCAACGGCGUGCUCAGCACUACGUCACCGAGUGUCGUCGCCUGGCAACAGCUGCGCAGCGUCGCCGUGGCGCAACAGAGAGACGGGCGAAGGCGAGCUGGCGGCGUCGAGGAGGCGGGGCUUCAUCUGCGGCGUCGAGAGUUCUCCUGGCGCGCCACUUGCCAGCCGGCCCGCCUCGCCCUGGCUGCCAUUCCCCAAGAAACAUCGAUCCCGCCGCAGCCACUGCGGCCCGCGCCCUCGCCGCCGCCGCCGCCGCCGCCCCCUGCGCCCGCCACCGACCUGGAGGUGUGCGACGUGCCGGCCGGGCUGCGGCGCGCCGCCUCCUGCGAGUCGGUCUGCUCGGACACGUCCGUCGUGCUGGGAGACCUCCAGGAGGCGCCCGUCGCCGGGUACCUCUGCGUCGGCCUCGAGAGCGACAGCAGCAGUGGCGAGCUGGUGGUGACCGUGCUGGAGGCCAAGGAGCUGGCCGACAGCCCAGACUCCUACGUGCGGCUCUCGCUCUCGCCCGACAGGAACUGCGUCGUGCAGACCAGGGUGUACCGGCGCAGCAGCUGCCCGAGCUACAAGGAGAAGUUCGUGUUCUCGCUGGACCCGGCGGAGCUGUCGCGGCGCACGUUGUCGCUGCAGGUGUUUGCCACGGACAAGGAGGUGACGACGCUGUUGGGCGAGGCCGAGCUGCGCCUCUCCGACAUCAGCAUGCGGCAGCCGGUCACCACGUGGCUCACGCUCACCGACACCGGCCAGCACGGCACAGAAUGGGGUGAGGUGAUGUUCUCGCUGAGUUACCUGCCCACUGCUGAGAGACUCACUGUCGUCAUAGUGAAGGCGAGAAACCUGAGGUUCUCUACCGAUCCUGUACCUGGCGACCCAUUUGUAAAGGUUUAUUUAUUGCAACAUGGGAAGAAAGUUCAUAAGAAGAAAACAACAACCAAACGUGGUGAACGUUGUCCUAUCUUUAACGAAGCAAUGAUUUUCAGUGUACCAGCUCAUGCUCUACAGACAAUACAGCUUCGGGUAACUGUUGCAGAAAAUACAGGAGAGCCACGAGCCCGUGCUGUGGGGCAUGUGAUUGUGGGUGCCCAAGCUACAGGGAAGGCACUCUCACAUUGGAGUCAAAUGUUAUCCUCUUUACGCAAGCCCAUUGCAAUGUGGCAUGUUCUACGCAAAUGACAAUUCACUGUUUAAACAAUGUAAAAUUAUUUUCUAACCAUUAUGUGUAAGUGAUUCGAUGGUACUAAUCUGGUGCUAUGCCUGCAACUUGCUAUGAUUCAGUAUCCUUCAUAUAGAGAUGACAUAAUUCUGUCAUGACUGUCAUACAAAGUUUCUUAAAAUCC